CUUUGGGCCACGAAAGUUUGGUGUGAACGUAAUCCCACGAAACACCCAAUACGACGAAAGAAUCCACCACGUGCUCUCUCUCUCUGUCUCUGUCUCUCUCUCUCUCUCUCUUCCCUCCCCUCCUGGUUUUGCUAUAUUAAGCUGUGAGCAUCUGUUCUCUCCUGCACUUCUCUCAGAAUGGAGUCUGUGCUGAGAUAUUUGGACUGGACUUCAGUGGGCUUGGCCCUGCUGGCUGGUCUGUUCUCUUUGCUUCUGCUGGAGAUCUUCAGGUUGAGCUCCUCCAGGAGCCGCAACCCCCCUGGACCCAAACCACUGCCCUUCUUGGGUAACAUGCACCAUUUCUUGAAGGAUCCAAUGGCUCUCAUCAGAUCGAUGCAGAAAUAUGGCAAGAUGUGCACCAUAUAUAGGGGCAGGAAGCCAAUUAUUGUGUUGAAUAACAUGCAGAUUGUGAAGGAAGCUUUCGUUCAGAAUGGGGCCGUGUUUUCCGGAAGGCCGUUCAUUCCAUUAAUGGAUUGGAUCACCAACGGGUAUGGUAUCGUGAUGGUCACAUACGGUAAUGCCUGGAAACAGCAGCGCCGCUUUGCCCUGCACACACUGCGCAACUUUGGUCUGGGGAAGAAAACAAUAGAGGAGCGCGUGGCCGAAGAGGCGCAAUACCUCAUCAGUGAGAUGCUCAAGCAGGAAGGGAAGGCUUUUUACCCCAUCCACCUCUUUAUGAAUGCAGCCUCUAACAUCAUCUGUUCCAUUGUCUUUGGAGACCGCUUCGAGUAUGACAACAAGCGCUUUGCUAAGCUGCUCGAAAUUCUGAAUGAAAACAUUCAGCUUGCCGGAUCAUCUGUGGGACAGAUAUUUAACCUGGUCCCUUUCAUAAAGCACUUUCCAGGGCCGCACCAGAAGAUUUCACAAAAUGCCAAAUCCUUAUUAGGGUUUAUUCAUGAGGCUGUGGAAGAACACAGAGAGACUCUGGACCCAGAAAACCUCAGAGAUUUCAUUGAUGCCUACCUGGUGGAGAUGACCAAGCAAGAGUCAAAGGAGGACUCUACAUUCCAUGAGGACAACAUGAUCGUGUCCACUUCUGACCUUUUCCUUGCUGGGACAGACACGACAGCGGCCACUCUCAGAUGGGGCCUGAUUUACAUGAUGGAGCACCCAGAAAUGCAAGAGCGCUGUCACGAAGAGAUUGUUCAGGUGUUGGGAUUUGACCGCCCUCCCUGCAUGGAUGACCGCACACAGCUCCCAUACACUUACGCCACUGUCAGUGAGAUCCAGCGCUGUGCUAACAUUGCUCCGUUUGGCGCAAUGCACCAAACCACACAACCAACAGAGCUACAGGGAUACCACCUGCCCGCGGGAACAGAGAUCCUUGCCAACUUAACGGCCAUCAUGACUGACAAAGAGCACUGGAAGCACCCGAACACGUUCAACCCAGAGAACUUUCUGGAUGAGAAAGGACAGUUCUGCAAAAACGACUACUUUCUGCCGUUCUCUCUGGGUCCGAGGGUGUGUCUGGGUGAGUCUCUAGCGAAGACCGAGCUCUUCAUCUUCUUCACCUCUCUGAUCCAGCGGCUGAAGUUCUCGUGGCCUCCUGGAGCUCCGCCCCCAAACAUGGAUGGAGUCAUGGGAAUGGUCCGCUCUCCUUUUCCCUUCCAUACAAUCUGCCACAGCAGAGAGACCACUCACUAAGUCAUGUUCAACCUUAAUACUACUUGAACUUUAGACUAAAAUCAUAUUGCUUUGAGUGACCACUGAGUGAUCAUUUAUGUUUUUUUUUAAUAAAAUAAGUAUU